CAUUCAUGAGGCAGAGCGAAGCCGGGCUGCAGCAGGUGUGCCGAAUUCACGGACGUCUCCAGAGAGCCCAAGAAGUUUUUUAUCACAGACUCCAGAAUGAGCGGCAAAAAGACUUCUCUGCUCCUGAAAGCGCUCUUGGAGAUGUCUGAAGCCCACUCCUCAAAGGUUGCGCGGGGAAACACCAAGAAAGCAAACUUCAGACACUUGGAUUCUUGUGGCAUCCUGGCAACAAGGAGGGCUAGCCUCCAGCUCUGCCCCGCCAUCCCCAUUAGGACACCCAGCCGCAGCUUCAUCAACCUGGCCGCUCCCAUCAGCACCCGCAGGAUGGAGUACACCGAGUGCCGGACAUUAAGGUACACUCCAGAGCAGAUGUACAAUGUGGUUGCCAGUGUGGACCAGUACCAGCACUUUGUUCCUUGGUGCAAGAAGUCUCGGGUCAUGAAGGGACGAAACGGCGACGUUCUGGCGGAGCUCGAAAUAGGUUUUCCUCCCAUCGUUGAGCGAUACACCUCGGAGCUUACCAUUAUUCCAAACCACCAAAUCAGAGCCGUGUGUACUGACGGGUCUCUCUUCAGUCAUCUUGAAACACUGUGGAGGUUCGCACCUGGACCCAAAGAUGCACCAGACUCCUGCAAAGUGGAUUUUUAUGUGUCAUUUGAGUUCAGGUCUCUCCUGCACUCUCAGCUCGCAAGCGUCUUCUUUGACGAAGUGGUCAAACAGAUGGUCAGUGCCUUCGAGUCUCAGGCAGCAAAACUUUACAGGAACCAGCGGGAGGCCUCAUUGAGGAGGCGGUCCACAUGAGACAACAAUUUUGACCCCGAGCGUCCACUUGGACCUUAAACCAGGGCCUGCCAGCCAGCUGAUUUUACCUGCAAUCAACAUAUGGCUUCCACAGAGGACUGGACCUUCUUUUUCUAUUCUCCAUUGUCUUACUCUUGAGUUGUCGUGCACAUGGAAUAUACUUAGAACUAUUUAUUUAUAAAAACACCAUCUCAUUUAUUAAUUUAUUAACUUUAAUGUACAUGUUAUGUUUGGAGAGAAACACACUAAUUGUUUUGAAUACUGAUGUGGAACACUAAUGAUCUCUUAGUACAACUGUGGGAUAGUACGCUGAUGAGUGACUCCAGCUCCAGCUUUUCUUAUCCAUCAUUUUCCAUCAGCGGAAUUAAAAAGCUGUUGUAUUUUAGUACACCUACUGCAAUGUGUCAUUUGUAUGAUCUUAUUUUGUUAAAUAAAUAUUUUUAUUUCUU